AUGCAAAGCAAGCGCAAUGCCGAUUUAAUACAGCAGUUCGAACCUUCGAAAGAGACGGACCUAGCGAUUCAUGUGAAAAAAAUCGAAGAGAUCAAACACUGGCUGCUGCAGCAGCGCGACACGGAACAGAACGAUGCGAAGCAAAUUUUGCUAGUGACGGGGCCAUCCGGCAGCGGAAAGAGCAUUUGUGUGAAAACGAUCGCAAAACAGCUUCAGUUCGACGUAAUGGAAUGGGUGACGCCGGUAGACGUUGAGCUGUUCUACGACGAUCAAUUCGAUUUCGAUGGCAGGGAACAUAGAAAAAGUCGACCCUCUCAGAAACAACAGUUCGUCGACUUUCUUCACAAAAGCUCGCGUUACUGUUCAUUGUUUAGCUCCCCCGGAACGGACAGUGGCCGGCUUUUGUUGGUGAAAGACUUUCCCAACUCACUGCUGCGCACUCCCUCAACCUUUCACGACACACUGGAACAGUACCGAGAGCGUAGCACUACUCCGAUCGUUUUCAUCACCACCGAUGCCUCGAGCAAAACGUUGGACGUUGCAUUGAAUCUGUUUCCGCCGUCCGUCGUUGAGGGUUUCCAAAUUCACACUAUCAAAUUUAACGCCGUUUCGGUGUCGUUGAUGAGAAAAGCGGUAAAGCGCAUCUCCGGUUUGAUUAAGGAUGACACGGAUCUAGCGAAACGUUUCCGUGUACCACCGAAGGACAUUGAAGAAAACAUUAUUGCUUCCUCGCAGGGAGAUUUGCGAAACUGCUGCCUCAACUAUCUCUUUAGCUGCUUGAAAUCGGGCAGUAAUCCCAAAUUCAACCCAAUGGUCCCCAAAAGUGGACCGGAUACGAAGCGCGGUAAAAGUGCGUUGGGUCUAGGAGAAAAUUUGACGCUCAUGCACGGCCUCGGGCGAAUCCUGCACCCAAAGUAUGUUAAAAAUGAUGCCACCUCACGGUUUCUGCAUGCCCCCGAGGAUAUUGGAGAUUGUUUCGUAACGCAACCGACGGCCAUUAUAUCCUUGCUUCACUCCAACUACGUUACACGCUGUUCCGAUGUUCACUGUUUAGCAGCGGCAUCCGACGCGCUAACAAUGGCCGAUGUCAUUAUGAACGAGUACCGCACCGAUCAACUUGCGGUAAGCGGCCUAAACCUUGCUGUUCGAGGUAUCAUGGUUAACAAUGAGCAAACGGCUCACAGCUGGUUUCAGAUCAAAAAGAAAAUAACCAUACAGCAGCAUUGCAACACUCCAGCGUACACAGAAGAAUUCGUUAAAGCCGGACUUAUUAUUCGCCCCGUUACACCGAAGCUGUUUGCUGCCGAGUAUAAAGGAUUUGUGUCGCUCAUACAAAACGAAACGAAUAAAAUCAACUCUUCAUAG